CCCCUUCGGCUGAACAUGCAUGAUGCCUGGGCUCAAGUUACAUGAAGCCUGCUCGUCCACUUGAACCUCCUGGUCACGAGCAACCCCCCCUCCCCUUCCCCACGCCCUUCUCCCUCCCCUUGCCCAAGUAGCCUUCCUUCUCCUCGGAAAGAUCUGGAUCUCCGCACCAAGUUUGUCAAACCAGCUUUGGGGUUGAGCAAGCAAUUCACAAGCUUGGAGGUAGCUGAGAUGAAAAAAUAUUCGAAGCUUUUGGUUGUCUUGUGGAUGUUUUUGCUUUUGUUAAUCAGCACCGGAGAUUCAACAAAGUCAGUUAUCAAGUUUAUAAAGAGCGAAGAUGGUGAUAUAAUCGAGUGUGUUGAUAUUUACCAGCAACCAUCUUUUGAGCAUUUGGUUAUAAAAAAUGACACAAAAUUUGAGAUGCAACAGAUGUUUAGCACGAAUAAUAAGAAAACCAAUGCAACCACAAGUGCAGUGGUUCAUCAAAUAUGGCAGAAGAGUGGAAACUGUCCAAGUGGCACAAUUCCUAUUAGAAGGAUGACAAAUAAAUCUCAUGUCGAGCUUGAGCAGGAACAACUCACUGCAUGCAAAAUAGAGUUUGCUGGUAUUGAAACAUACCAAACUGUAUAUGGAGCAAGGGCGGAUAUAAAUGCCUGGUCAAUAAAUGUUGAGCCAAAUGAGUGGAGCGUCAGUGCAAUUAAUAUCUACAACGAAAAUGGGUCGUACAUUCAGUAUGGUUGGAUGGUCAGUCCAUCUUUAUACGAAGAUGAUGGUGAAACGAGAUUAUUUAUUCGCACAGUGGACCCACCUCGUGGCAUUGAUUGCUUCAAUCUGAAAUGCAAUGGGUUUGUACAAAUAUCAAACGAGUAUGCUUUUGGUGCGGCCUUAACUCCUUUAUCAGAGUUUGGUGGGGGGCAGACUGAGAUUCAACUCACUCUAUACAAGGAUGAAAUAACCGGGAGAUGGUGCGUGAUGUACAACGACCGAUUACUGGGGUAUUGGCCGCGGGAGCAGUUUCCACAGUUUGAGAAUGGCGUGGCGGCAUUUUGGGGAGGGCAGCUCUGCAACAUGCAUACCGGUAACAGGUACACGACGACCGAAAUGGGGAGCGGCAGCCUUCCGUCAGAAGGUUAUGGAAAGAGUGCCUACAUCCAUGGCUUGGAGGUGAUGGAUAUGGGCCAAAACUGGAAUAGGCCGCUUGAACUAUAUCAAAACCUCAGCUCCGAUUGCUAUAAGGUGGAGACGUUCAAGACCAGGGACGGCAAGGUGUCCGCUUACUUUGGAGGGACGGCUAGUAUCAAGUGCUGCGGCAUGUACUGCGAGUAAGAAAAUCCAAGUAGACACGGCUUUGGUUUUAAGACCUCCCAUUUAAUUCUAAUGUGUUGAAUUCCGUCGCCACUUUAAUUAUACUGUAUGUACAUCAUAAAAUUUCUUGUCAUAAUCAAGCUUGACUUUUCAGUUAUAAAUUAGUAAACUUCUAUGUU